AUGCCCUCAACAUCCCAGAUUCAAUAUGUACAGGCGCAGGAGAAGCCCGGUGGUAUAGAAGGCAAGCAGUCCGGAUCCAGCAAUAUAGUGACCGACGAUGUCUUCGGUGAUGAAGAAGGGCACCAAAUACGCUACAAGACCCUCAGCUGGCAGGUCGUGAGCCUGCUGAUGAUCGCUGAGAUAGUCAGCAAUGGGAUGCUCUCACUACCGAGUGCUUUGGCGGUUGUUGGUAUUGUUCCAGCGGUUAUUUUGAUCAUAUUUCUUGGAGUGUUUGCCUUGUUCACGGCCAAACUCUUGAUUGACUUCAAACUGAAUCAUCCGGACGUCCAUAACAUGGGAGAUGCCGGUUACAUUUUGUUCGGUCCGGUAGGACGGGAGAUCCUGUCUAUUGGGACCAUUCUAUUCGCCAUAUGUGCAUGUGGCUCCGAAUUAUUGUCAGGCCAACAAGCAUUGUCCACGUUGUCGAAUCAGGGCCUAUGCACGAUGUAUCUGCUCCUGAUCUUUGCCAUCGCUACGUAUUUGUUUGCAGUUCCUCGCACAUUGGGAGUUAUCGGGAUGGCGGGAGCCGGCGCAAACCCUGUUCCAGGCCGUGUUAUUAACGCGACGAUCUCUGGCACCUUCUAUGAGGCGUUCCUUGCUAUCACAAACCCUGUCUUUUCGUAUGCUGGACAUUUCAUGUUCUUCAUGCUGAUGUCCGAGAUGCGCCGUCCUCAAGAUGCUAUGAAGGCCGCUUGGUGCCUGCAAGGCUUUGCCACGCUAUUUUAUGUCGUCUUCAGCGUGGUUAUGUAUAUCUACAUCGGCAACACCGUACAGUCUCCCGCUUUCUUCUCUUUAUCACCCCGAUGGGCGAAGGCAGCCUUUGGCAUUGCUCUGGGUAAUUUUCUGAUGUAUGUCGACCUGCUGUUUCUGAUACAACCGCUUAUGUCUAUUGCUGAAGCUCUGGCGCUCUGUACACCCACACCGCAGCCAAGCUUAUCAUGA